AUUCUGCCCAGAGAGUGGGGGAAAGCUUACGGUGACAAUGUUCUACAGUAAAAGUCUGAGCAAAAUGAACUGUUUUCUUCCCUUUGCAACUUUGAUUUUAUUGAGAGCCAUCACUGAAGGAGGUUCCAGCAAACCAUCAGGGAGAUUCACUUCCCAAUCAGAAACCAGUAGCGCAGUUCCUACACAGGCCGGCAACAUCAACUUCCCAGCAAUGUCAGAGGAUACAACAGUAUGGGCAUCUCCUCUGGCUGAGGAGGAAACGAACAUCAAGAUGGCAAACAAAAAAAACGACGAUAAUGAUGAUGAUGAUGGGAGUCAGAGUGGUUCUUCCAGUAUUUCAUCCCCAGAGGUGACUCCUUGGAAUACAUUGAGACGUAAAAUGGCAAUCAGGCGAUCACCUUCCUGGGCUAGAUCUCCAACAAUGUAUCUAAAUGAUGAUAACUCCAUUGCAACAAUCAAUCAUUCAUCAAACCUUAUUGAUCACCUCCAGGAGCUGCUACAUAAUUCCAACUCGAGCGACAUCAUGUUGAAAGUCUACACGGGUAACUCGGAUGAAGUCAAAGUUUUCCACACUCAUCAUCUCCUUCUCAUCCUGCAGAGCGAUGUCUUUGAGGACCUCUUGCUGAAUCAAAGUGUUACUACACUCACUUUACGGGAGACAGCUGAAUGUGCUGCCCUUUUCGAUAAGUUGCUCAGAUACUUGUACUGCGGCAAAAUCACCGUUCUUAUGAAUCAAGUUGUUCCUCUGCAUAAAUUAGCCAGCAAGUACCAUGUUAGUGCCCUACAGCAAGGCAUUAUUAUGUACAUGAGCCAACAACUUGCCAGUGCAUCUCCCCGGGGUCACGUGGUCAGCUGGUACCACUACUCACUCAGAAUAGGAGACGAAGACCUGCAGGAAAGGUGCAAGCAGUUUCUAGCUUGGAACAUGUCUACUGUCAUUCACAGCAAAGAGUGGCAAACUAUUAGUGACGAUUUGAUGAUCUCCUUGCUUCAACGCUCUGAUCUGGUUGUGGAAAACGAAUUGGAGAUUUACUAUGGAGUCGAAGAGUGGAUAAAGAGAAAUCAGCCUGAUAUCAUGGUAGCAGAGACCGUUCUCAAGUUAAUUCGCUACACCAUGAUCAGCCCCCAGCACCUGUUCCACAUUCAGAAGAAAUCCUCCGUCAUGAACGAACAUUACAAAUCAAUCCACAACUUGCUUUUCCUUGCUUUCCAGUUUCAUUCUGCUACCCCACCAGUGUUUGCCAAAUAUUUUGAUGUCAAUUGCAGCCUAUUUAUACCAAGAAAUUAUUUGUCUAGUUCCUGGGGUUCCCAAUGGGUGAUAAAUAACCCAGCUCGAGAUGAUCGCAGCACAAGCUUCCAAACUCAACUCGCUCCUAGUAAUUACGAUGUGGGCAAAAAGGUGACCUGGAAUGCUCUCUUUUCGCCAAGGUGGCUUCCAGUUAGCAUGAGGCCCUCUUCUUAUUCAGGCUACAGAGCAGCCUUCAACCCUGAAGAUAGUAGGCCAAGGAUAAUAAUCACUCCAGCUACAAACAGUGUUAGCUUUGCAGGAGUCAAUUUUCAGAAAACAAUCCUAGUGCGAGUGAAGCAGGACAGCAGGUCAUAUGUAAAACACGUGUAUGACUUCCAUCAAAGUACUGAGGAAACAGGUGACUUCCUCCUCCAGGCUGAUCUCCAGAAACCUUCAUCAGAGUACCUGGUUGAUAACUCCCUUUAUCUUCACAUUAUCAUUAAACCAAUUUACCAAUCAUUGAUUAAAACAAUAAAAUGAUUCUCUUCCUUGGGGGUUGGGGGAGGGGGAGGCGUGUCUUAAACAAUCUCAGUAAAUAAUGUCUAGUGCAUGUAACAGAGCAUAAAGCUGUCCUAUAAAAAAGGGAAUCCCUUGUGUCCUGAUAUGUGCCCUUUAAUGUGAAAGGAGCUGUCUCACACUCAUUACUGACAUUCCAAAAAUCCUCAAUUGAUCUGUACAUAUUUAACUUUGAUAUAUAAUCCUUCCUACUCGUGUCUUCAGCAAUUUAGCUUCUGUCAAUAAUCAAACCUGGACGAGAUAUUUUAUUACAUAGAAGAUAAGAGAUAGAUGAGAGUCAUUACAAAAAAAUUCUGUAAUUAUUUAUUACUAUCUGAAUAAUAAAUCACAUUCUAUUCCACUCUCACCUGUAUAACUUACAGGGAAGGGUGGAAAUAAAACUUGAGGCCAUUUGUGGCCUUCUAUGACCUUAGCUCUCAUGGAUUAUAUAAUUCUCCAGAUACUUCCUUCAACUGAUGUACAAUACCUGAAGUGAAAAAAUAAACAGUGAUGUAAGGUUACCAAAAUGUGUUGCAGGGACAUAAGCCUAUUAAGAGUUUUCUGAUUUUAAUGGCAAUAAGAUUGGGAUUGUUAGAGGAAAAUUAAAAAUGCUAAAAGAGAGCACUCUAAGAAUUUACUGAAGAGCACUUAAAAUCUCCAAGCAGCCAUGGAUGUUAGACCUAAUGACAGCUGAGGCUAAGUAAAUGGACAUUGCACACAAAGGAGCUUUGAGUUUGUGUGAUUUACACAGUUUCAAGAGAUGAGCUAAUGUCCAGCCACAGGCAGAACCUUUCAAGUGGUGCAAUGAUGUGGUGAAGCCUUGAGAGCUGGACUGGAGACAAAACAUAACAUAAAGUUAGUUUAGGUAUACUCCUCUCUCAGAUAAGGACAGGACAGAUAGUUUUAGCUUAGAUAUGGGAAAACAUACAAUGGAAAGAGGGGUCUUUGAUGAAACAACAGCAAUCUUGAGUUGUGAGAACCAAGGUCUUGCGUGCGUGUUUUAAUUUUUAUUGGAUAAUAUAAUUAUAAAUACACCUUUUAGCAUAAUAGGUUAGCAAAAUCACGUGUUUAUGUACUCAAUAGGAUAGUUUUAAAAUGGUACCUAUGUGUAGGUUACCCAUUGGAUAUAUUCGAACGUACUCAAAUGUAUUGUGAUAAGAAAAAGUACAAAAGUAGUGAAAUGUAAUCAGUCUGGGAGCUGGGUCUUCAUUCUUAGGAAUGAUUGCAGCUCCCUUGCAUAUUCUUGAAUAAAACCGAUAAAGGAA